CCUUCUCUUCCCAUGGCAACCUGAUCAAUAUCUCAAAAUCUCUCAAUUGCAAACAAAGGUUUUAGCAUUCAACAAAAUCUUAGUAUUUCAGUACCCAACAAAGCUUUGCCAGUUUUUUUCUCGUACCAAGUUUUCUGCUAAGUACUUUUUACUUAAAGAUACAUAUAUAUAUAUAUAUAUAGUUUGCUGCAAAUGAAGCUGACGAAAAUGCCGAAGAAGAACAGUGAUGUUGCUCAAAGAGCAUGGAGUCUCCUGCGUCUAGCAUUGUUGUGGACAAGAAAAGGUGGGGUGUUCAAGAGAAGACUCAUGAUGGAGCUACGGUUGGUGCCUAAGUUCCUCAAGGGUCUUGGACAUACAACGGCUCCUCGUGACCAACUCCAUUAUAAGGAACGCGAGCUUUCUUUCGAUGAGACCCCAAUUUUCCACGUCAAGAUGCACCGUCCUGCUUCCAUGCGGUUCCUUCUUCCUUGCAUUAGCCCUGAGGAAGUAGAUUUUGAUUACGAUUUCGGUAUCGAUGAAUAUAAUAGAAUUUACGGCUAUGAUAGUGGAAGGAAGAGUUACUCGACAAGCUCUGAUGAGGAAGAAGACCAAGGAGAAGAGAAAGAGUGUGGAUAUGAGGGUUGUGAUGAGAAGAGUCCAUAUCCAUUAGAGGAAGAAGAGGGGAUUGAUUCAAAGGCAGAAAAGUUCAUAGCUAAGUUUUAUGAGCAAAUGAAGUUACAAAGACAAGUCUCUUAUUUGGAAUACACUGAAAUGCUUAACAGAGGCGCAAGUUGAAUAUUGUUCUCUUGACAAAUUCGCAUCCAUUGAAGUUCAAACUUUUGCAUAUUCUACACCUUUGUUCUUUUUUUUUUUUUUUUUUUUUUUUGAGUUUGCGGGUUUUACAGAAAAGUUUUUGAAAGAGAUGAACAGACACUGCGGUUUUUUGUUAUUUUUGUAAAUAACGAGGAUUCGAGUGUUUACAAUUUUAUUAAUAAGAAAUAAAGAUCUUCAUAUUUUGAUUACAAAAA